AUGACUGGCCGAAUUAUCUUCACCAGUACAACAACAGCUGCUCUGAGCCGCAAGUCCGUGGAAUGUCCUAGACGAACCAGUGUGGGAGGUUCCGCCAAAUCACUGACUUCCGGCAGCAGUUCGUAUCAUCUUUUGCGGUAUCAGCGCAGUUGGCAGCAGCAACAGCAACAUCCGCAACAGGACCACACCAGCGUGAUUAACAGUGGAAGUCAUAUUUGUGGCGCGGGAAGUGACAGCAGUAGUCCCGGAAGGCAGAUGAAGAGCACGGUGGUGGCGUCAACGUCGACAACCUCGCCAUCCUCCACGACGAACCAAACGCUGCACGUGUCCAAGCAGGAACCGAAGGAGUUUGUGACGUACGAAUAUCCCCAAGUGGACAAACGCUACUCGCGGACCCCGCCCGCAUCGUUCUCGUACUACCUCAAUGGCCACAAGCGGGAAUCGUCCACCGUGUACAUGCCUUCGUCGUCCUCUUCCGCAGCCGAUCUGAGCAUGACGGGAAGCGGAAGCAGCAUGACAGAAGCAAACCGUAGUAGCCGCCCGCCUCACGAUCACGCCAAGAACACGCCAACCUUCGUCGCGGGAGACAGUUUGUCGGCUUCGUCGUUCGUCGCGCUCCGGUCUAGCGGCAGCAUCAACCCAGCUCGAACAAGCCGCCGGGAAGUUCACCGGGAGCAAUUCUGCCUCAACAGGACAUUAACGUCGCCCAGGGUGAUAUCUACCGGCGGUCGCGUUUGUGUCUCAGGCGCCGUUCCAGACGGUGGUGUCACCGCCGGUCCAAAAUGUUUCCAGCAGGCAGGUUCUUCCAGCGCACCCGCUGCCGGCCUACCUCCCUAA